AUGAGACAUUCAUCAACAACCCUGUACAUUUUGGCUGCUGCUGGAGUGUACGGAAGUACUCAUGAAUAUGAAGAUCAUGAGAUAAAUGCAAACGCAUCUUCAGCUGGACAUAACCACCCAUAUGUUGGUUUGCCUAUCGGUACCUGGAGAAUCACUGAUUUCAACAGCUCUCGAAGAGAAGAGAUCUGUUCAAGCCAACAGGAUUUUUGUGUAAAUAAAUGUGAAAACCAAGUCAGGACCAAGUAA